AAUCCAAAUUCAACAAUAGAUACACAUCACCGUUUUGGAUUUUCUUAUUGUUUAGUUUAUAGUCAAACCAAUAAUAAUAGAAUUUCUCUCAUCCAUUUAUCUACUUUCCUCACACAAGUCCUCUAACCCUUACUUGCGGCCCUUGCGGCACGCCCCCUAUUUACCUUUCAGCUGUGCUCAGCUGCGCUGGUUGAUGCCGCCAGUACACGAGCAUACGCAGAUUAUCAAUAUCAAUCACAUGGUGUGUUGUAUUUUCAGCCUGGAGCCGUGGACUGCGACUGCAUGCUUAAUCGUGUUUUUCUCGUAAUAUCUGAUAUUGAUGGCGUUUUGUUCAUUCUUCCACAUUGUUAAAGUUUAAUCAAUUAGAUAAUGGAGGGUGAGAAAUAUCGAGAAAAACACAAGUUUGUCAAGAAAUCUUACAAAGGAAAGCAGCAUCCAAUCAAAGAGGUGGAAAUGAAGCAGCCGACGAUCCUGGUCCGCGAGCACACUCUGUCAGAGUCAUCAGGCACCGAUGGCUCACACUCCAAGCCGGCUCCAACUCCAGCUCCAAAGCAGUCAACUGUUAUCUUAAAGUCCAGGGAACAUCAAGAGACACGGUCCAUAUCACCAAACAUAAAUCUAGCCAAAGAUGACGAGAAAACAAAUAAUUCCACGGCAGCGACUCAUCAACCAGUUUACCAAAUCGCUACCAAAGCGCCGAAUAAUUCUUCUAGUGCAGCAAGUUCUGAAGGCCAACUCCAGGCUCCCCCUUUGAUGUUAGCCCCAGUGAAAAUUCUUGACGAGUGUUUGCAAGUGUGCGACAGCGCACUCGAGUACCUGAUGGACCAAAAUGAUUACCUUGUCGUUGGAGCCAUUGGUCCGCAGGGCUGUGGAAAGUCACACAUUUUGUCAGAGUUGGCUGGCAGUCCUGGAAUUUUCCGGUCAGAUGGUCAGAAUUAUCACGCUGGAGGGUCUCAUUGCACUGUGGGUGUGGACAUGUACGUCACUCCAGCCAGGGUGAUUUUCCUUGACACCCAACCCAUUUUCUCCGCUUCCGUAAUGGAGUGCAUGGCCAGCAUGAACGAGAAGAAAUUCGCCUCGGAGGCGAGCGUGGCGGAAAACACUGCUGAAAUCUCUGAUUUGCAUUUGAUCGCGUUUUUGCUUUCCGUGUGCCACGUGGUCAUUUACGUUGAUGACUGGCUGCUCAAUUUGGACGCUGUCAGGUACAUUCGUGACGCGGAAAUGUUGAAAUUAUCGCCUUCAAUGUUUCUAAAUGAACUGGCCACCGAGUACUUCCCCACCUUGGUAAUUGUGAAGAACAACGCUGCUGCUGAAGACUUCAAACCUGAAACCAGGGCAAAGGUGCAGGCCCUGAUCAACAGAUGCUUUCGCGGCUCCAAACUGAAGAUUGAUAGCCGAAGCAAUUACAAUUUCGGCCGCGCAAACUGUCCCGAUCAGGAGCCAAGUUCUGUUUUUCUGCUCCCUAUGAAUUCCUCCAAAAAUCAGGAAUUGAAUUUCCAUGGAUAUGUUAGCUACAAAAACCUGAUCUCCUCUCUCUGCCAACAAAUCCAAUCAGUGCCCAGGCAGAAUAUCACGCCAGUUUCAAUCUCCGAGAGGCACUGGUAUCAUCAUGCUUGCAAAGUGAUCGAGAAUAUCAAAAAGGGCAGCCUGUUCAUGGAAUACAGCAGAUUGCUGACAUGAGUUGAAUGUCCUCAAACGGCCUGUUUUCCAGCAGGGAGAACGACCAAAAUACAAUGAUUGAAUGCACGAUUACAAGGAAACGGUAGGACGAAGAAAAUGUUUCUUUGAGUCGCAUGUUGGCAUUCACUUGGUUCUCAUUUUAUGUCUCGGAUUUGCAUAAAUUUGAAUCUUCUGACCGAGUUUUCAAUUAAAUAUGCAACUGACUGAUGUGGACUGCAAAA